AUGAGCCUCGCCGAAUACCGAGAGUAUUGCUUGGAUAUCUACAAAGACAUCCACCUCGGACGCGGCGCAAUUGCUGAAGAGAGCUCCAGGCGUUCAACCGGUGCAGACGAGAGCGCCAGACAAGAUCGCAAGGUUGCUGACGAGUUCGCUGCGUUGAAGCGAUGGCUUGCUGAGUCAGAGCUCCUCAACAAACACCAUGUUGAUGCCCAGAAGCGUUUUUUGUCAUCCGAUGAUGCAAAGGGGGGCACUACCUCCGAGCAGACGAUCAACGCCUCACUUGAGAGCUACGACGUGCAACCCUCCCACACCCAACACUCUCCCAAUCACCCAACAUCCUCGCCGAAUACCUCGCCGAAUAUCUCAACGAACACCCUUGCCCAACUACCACAUCUGCGCACAACACCUGCGCCCAACUCCCAUGCCCCCGCCCCGCUGCAGCAUGGUAGUAAUAACGAUGACAUCUUCCGUUGGAAGCACCACAUGUCUUUCCUGAGUCCUCGGGGAGAGCCCCAAGAUCAUGGCGGUCCACAAAAUAACAUGAGUUGUUACUCAGAUGUCCGAUCAGCAACAGUUGUUGUCGGAUUCGACAUAGCGUACUUGUACCUGUGUCCGCCCGGCGCCGGCAAGAUGCUGGUGUUCCUUAUGGCCACGCUGUAG